CUUUUGUGGCGUGCUGUUUGGAUAAAUAGAGCAGAAUUCUUCGUCACAGAGAUUCAUCUCGACUCAUUUCUGAAGACCGUAAGGUUCUUUUUCUCUCAGACAAUAUGUUUGCUGUAUCUGUGAGUGGUGUUGUUUUGGUCUUUCUGCUUCAUCACACAACAUUGGACACUGUGAAUGGACAGAACAUCGACAGUAAUACUCUUGCCCGCAUUUUUACCUUCUUUGAGCAGAACUAUAAGAUAGUUGAAAAUGAAGCUGAACGUCAGUAUGCUUUAGCCAUCAAUGUACUAAAGGAGCAGUGUCAAGAUGGAUUCAUAAAGGACAAAUUCCUAACACAUGAGAACCCAGAAAAAGUGAAAAGUGACAUGAGUAAUGAAGAAGACCCAGUUUAUGAAGGUACAGACCUCAUAGGAGCAGGAACUAAGGUUAAGGGUCGCUACAAAAUACACUCUGAAAGUCUGCUCCUUAACCUUAAGAAAAAAGAAAGAACCACGACACCCAUGCAAGACCUCCUGAAUAGAAGAAACGUUGACAGCUGCACUGUUUUCUACACCCUUAACUCUCCAUGUGCUAACACCUGCCUUGAUAAGAACAGCAAAUAUAACAUCCUUCACGGCCUUGAAACUUGGAGUGCACAUCCUAGCAUCAAAGCGCUUGUCUUUAAACAAAUCUGGAAAUUUGAUAAAGAAAGGAAAGAAGUUUUUGAAGCAGCACUGAGGGAGAUUGUAAACAGGAAUGUUCCUGUCUAUCGUUGUAUCAAUGAGACGAAUGUGAAUGUGUGUUACGCAUGUGGAGGAAUAGAUGAUGCUCCCAUUGAUGAGCACUGUCUUCAUAACUAAAAGUGAAUUUUGCCAAAUAUAUCAGCUUGGACCGCUAAACCAGUCAUGAGUUUCGAUUUGACCCUUUGUUUUUUUCUGAAUAAAAGGCUUUUGUAUAUAUGUAAAAGUAUGGUUUGUUAUGAUAGGACAGUACCCAGAUAGCAUGCAAACCAUUGAAACAAUGUUAAAAACAGUUGAUUUGUCAAUGUUAACUGCAUUGAAUCAAUAUCAGGUUUGCACCCUCCAUAAAUAUUGAAAAAAGAUUGAAAUUUCAACAAAUCACCAUUAUUGUGAUCAGUGUUUGCUUAAGUUGGGCCAUUGACUCUUGAAAUUAACUAUGUUAAUUUUUUCUCUUCUUGUUUUAGUGUUUGUAUGUGUUUAUGUAGAACCAAAUGUGCAUUGGUAAAGAAAGAUGUGUUUCAAAGUUAAGUUGUAACUGAUUGCUUUUUGUGAAGAUGUCAAGAUUAUAUAAAAUUAAGCUGCUUUACAUGAUUAUGUUGAUCCAUUUUUGACAUUUGUAAUUGUUUUGGUUUGUAAAUACACUGUGACGAGACAAACAGAAAAAUUGCUGACACAUUCAGACA